AUGCUUGAUGCGCUGAUUUCAAUAAAUCCUCCAGGACCGUUUUUAAGUGCGGCUGACUGCCCGUUUUAUGCAGCAUGUGAGAUGUUAGGAGACAAACUGAAACGCAGUUUACCUGAUUUCUUCCUAACUAAGGACUAUGCCGAAAAAAUUGCAAAGGAGUAUGGCUGGUCAAAAAUGCCUUCACCGAUAAUCUGGCGAGAGUUGGUAGACACCGGAGGGCGUGUAACUCUCAUUGGCGAUGCACGAGACUUUCAGGAGUACGCCAAUACCUACUAUGCCAUGCUAUCUAGGCUUUCGAGUCACAAACUUCUACAAAUCAGCAUUGACAAUCAGCGGUACACAGAUGAGAUCACCGCUAGCAAGGCGAUUAAACAAGUGAUGCUAAAUACCUGGCGCAAAGUAACUAUAAUCGGGGCAGAAUCGCCAACAGCUACACGUCUCGCUAUGCUCCUUGCCAUGAUGCGACAUAACGACAAGACCCGAAAAAUGAAACUCUUCCUCUUUCCCGGAAGUCUCCUUCAUUUUGACGCUGUCGCAAGACUGAAAGAAAUCCUAGAUGAUUCGGCUUGUGGCGGUCUCCAAGUCGUUGAAGCCUCUGCUAAUCUCAUAGAAGCACUGGAGAAUGCUUCACUUGUAGUUAUUCUUGAUGUGGUCCCAAGUGAGCCCAUGAAUAGUGUUGAUGGUGUUUUAAAACACUCGGAGACCCGAACAGAGUGGCUUGAUCGUCGGUUUCAUUACUUUUAUCGUCUGGGAGAGUGCAUCCGUCAACACGCUGAUCGAAAUGUUCGGGUAUUAGUGGGAGAAUCGGAGCAGAUGUUCGAAGGUGCGGGUACGAUAUCAUCGUCACUAAACUUCGAUGUUCAGACAUUGCACAUGGCCUGCAAAGAAAACGUUCCCUUAAACAAUAUUGUGGGGCUACCACACUCACUGGAGUACUCCAUGAAGUCGGCUCUGGCCCAACGUCUAGGCGUGCGUCGGUGCGACAUUGUCGAUCUUAUCAUUUGGGGUAACAUUGACUGUGUUUUCCUUGUGGAUAUCUCUCGUGCACGCGUUCACCGAAGGCAUGGUGCCAUGGACAGCGAAACGGGUCCUGCAUGGUUUAGUUUAGCAGUCGAACCGCUUGUUUUCGAUUUAAAAGAGCUGUAUGAAAAAAUCAUUCCCGAGAAAAUGAAGACGCGAUCUGCCGGUGCAAAUGCAGCGGCCAUGCGUCAGGCCUCGGCAAUUUUCAGUUUCAUCAAACAGUGGCAGUUCGGAGACAAAGAUCCUAAAGAGACCAUAACUUCCUUGGUUCUCUCCUCUGCAGGUAAACCUAAUUCAUUGCUUGAAACCAUUAACUAUUUUUAUAUCCGAAUUACGCUGUGGUUGAAAAAACAAUUUUAA